CCUGUGCCGAAAUCCAGCUGCGACUGCUAGGGGAGAAGAUGAUGCCCAGGUUCGGCUCCUUGGCCCGCCGGCUGAGGAGAGGCCCACACUGCACACGCGCAGACACAGUACCCGCGUCAAAAGGCGAGGAGAGCGUGCGCUCCCCACGUCCCGCCCGCCAGGCUGCCAGGCAUUCGUCUCAGCGGUGACUCCCGCCGGGCCAGGGCAGGCGCGCCCACGUCUGAGCAGCGAUGCCCCGGGAGAUCAUCACUCUGCAGCUGGGCCAAUGCGGCAACCAGAUUGGGUUCGAGUUCUGGAAACAGCUGUGCGCGGAGCAUGGUAUCAGCCCCGAGGGCAUCGUGGAGGAGUUCGCCACCGAGGGCACUGACCGCAAGGACGUCUUUUUCUACCAGGCUGACGAUGAGCAUUACAUCCCACGGGCAGUGCUGCUGGACCUGGAGCCCCGGGUGAUCCAUUCCAUCCUCAACUCUCCAUAUGCCAAGCUCUAUAACCCAGAGAACAUCUACUUGUCAGAACAUGGAGGAGGAGCUGGCAACAACUGGGCCAGGGGAUUCUCCCAGGGUGAGAAAAUCCAUGAAGACAUCUUUGAUAUCAUAGACCGAGAAGCAGAUGGAAGUGACAGUCUAGAGGGCUUUGUGCUGUGCCAUUCCAUUGCUGGAGGUACAGGUUCUGGCCUAGGCUCCUACCUUCUGGAGCGACUGAAUGACAGGUAUCCCAAGAAGCUGGUACAGACAUACUCAGUGUUCCCCAGUCAGGAUGAGAUGAGUGAUGUGGUGGUCCAGCCCUACAACUCACUCCUCACACUUAAGAGGCUGACCCAGAAUGCAGACUGCGUGGUGGUGCUGGACAAUACAGCCCUUAAUCGGAUAGCCACAGACCGCCUCCACAUCCAGAACCCAUCCUUCUCCCAGAUCAACCAGCUGGUGUCCACCAUCAUGUCGGCCAGCACCACCACCCUGCGCUACCCCGGCUACAUGAACAACGACCUCAUCGGCCUCAUCGCCUCGCUCAUUCCCACACCACGGCUCCACUUCCUCAUGACCGGUUACACCCCCCUCACUACAGACCAGUCAGUGGCCAGCGUGAGGAAGACCACAGUCCUGGAUGUCAUGAGGCGGCUGCUGCAGCCCAAGAACGUGAUGGUGUCCACAGGCCGGGACCGCCAGACCAACCACUGCUACAUCGCCAUCCUCAACAUCAUCCAGGGAGAGGUGGACCCCACCCAGGUCCACAAGAGCCUGCAGAGAAUCCGUGAACGGAAGUUGGCCAACUUCAUCCCCUGGGGCCCAGCCAGCAUCCAGGUGGCCCUGUCGAGGAAGUCUCCCUACCUGCCCUCAGCCCACCGGGUCAGUGGGCUCAUGAUGGCCAACCACACCAGUAUCUCCUCGCUCUUUGAAAGUUCCUGCCAGCAGUAUGACAAGCUAUGGAAACGGGGGGCCUUCCUGGAGCAGUUCCGCAAAGAGGACAUCUUCAAGGACAAUUUUGAUGAGAUGGACAGGUCCAGGGAGGUUGUUCAGGAGCUCAUUGAUGAGUACCAUGCAGCCACACGGCCAGACUAUAUCUCCUGGGGCACCCAGGAGCAGUGAUUUUCCUCUCUGCUCUUCCCCCAUGUACAGGAAGCACAGCCACCACCAUGACUGGUCCCUCUGAUCCAACUUUACCUUACUGGAUUCCUCUCCUCCCCAGAAACUGGUUCAACUUCCUCCCUUCCAUUCCUGACCCUUGAUAUGCUUGUUCAGUUCAAAUAAAGUUAUAAAGCUUGGAGAUGAA